UAUAUACAUAAUCACACUGGCAGAGCAGGGCAGAGCAAAGCUCGAAGCAGCCAUUCCAAUGGCGACCUCUCUCUUCACUCUCAUCCUCUCUUUGUUCACACUACUACUUCCAUACUCAACCUUCGCUGACCCACAAAAAACCUUCAUAGUUCGAGUCCAACACGAUGCCAAACCAUCCAUUUUCCCAACCCACAAGCACUGGUACGAGUCCUCUCUCCAAUCCCUCUCCACCACCACCUCAAAUUCCGGCGAACCCAGUCGCAUACUUCACACAUACGACACCGUAUUCCACGGCUUCUCUGCAAAGCUCUCAUCUUCAGAAGCCCAAAAGCUCGAAACUCUCUCCGGCAUAGUGUCUCUCAUCCCAGAACAAGUCCGGCAACUCCAAACCACAAGAUCGCCGGAGUUUCUGGGCUUAAAAACCACCGACAAUGCCGGGUUGUUGAAAGAGUCGGAUUUCGGGUCGGAUCUAGUAAUCGGGGUCAUCGAUACUGGGAUUUGGCCCGAGAGACAGAGCUUCAACGAUCGAGAUCUGGGUCCAGCUCCGGCGAAGUGGAAGGGUCAGUGUAUCGCCGGAAAAGGCUUUCCGGCGAGUCUGUGUAAUAAGAAGUUGAUCGGAGCUAGGUUUUUUUGUAAUGGGUAUGAGGCUACAAAUGGGAAGAUGAAUGAAACGAUGGAGUUUCGAUCUCCGAGAGACUCCGACGGACAUGGGACCCACACGGCAAGCAUCGCCGCCGGGAGAUAUGUUUUUCCGGCGUCUACUCUGGGCUACGCUCGCGGCGUCGCGGCUGGGAUGGCUCCGAAGGCUCGGCUAGCUGCGUAUAAAGUUUGUUGGAACUCCGGCUGUUAUGACUCCGACAUACUCGCCGCCUUCGACGCCGCCGUAGCCGACGGAGUCCAUGUAGUUUCGCUCAGCGUCGGGGGAGUCGUAGUUCCUUACUACCUCGACGCCAUUGCAAUCGGCGCGUUUGGAGCUUCGGACGCUGGCGUAUUCGUCUCGGCUUCCGCCGGCAACGGCGGUCCUGGCGGCCUCACCGUCACCAACAUCGCUCCUUGGGUCACCACCGUCGGGGCCGGGACAAUUGACCGGGACUUCCCCGCUGAUGUUAAGCUUGGAAACGGGAAAAUAAUUCCAGGAGUCAGUAUUUAUGGCGGCCCGGGAUUAGCCUCGGGCCGCCUCUACCCGCUGAUCUACGCGGGAACUGAAGGCGGCGAUGGUUAUUCAUCGUCUCUCUGCCUAGAAGGAUCGUUAGAUCCCAAACGAGUCAGUAAGAAAAUUGUGUUGUGCGAUCGAGGGAUCAAUUCAAGAGCAGCCAAAGGGGAAGUAGUUAAAAAUGCCGGUGGAAUCGGAAUGAUUUUAGCCAACGGGGUUUUUGACGGCGAAGGAUUAGUCGCCGACUGCCAUGUACUACCCGCCACCGCCGUCGGAUCCUCCGCCGGCGACGAAAUAAGGAGGUACAUCACAGCGGCGAUGAAAUCCCGAUCACCACCAACUGCCACGAUAGUUUUCAAAGGGACUCGACUCCAUGUCCAGCCAGCCCCUGUUGUAGCCUCGUUCUCCGCCCGGGGACCUAACCCGGAGUCUCCGGAGAUUCUCAAGCCCGAUUUAAUUGCACCGGGCUUGAACAUUCUCGCGGCCUGGCCGGAUGGAGUCGGGCCGUCAGGAAUUCCAUCCGAUAAGAGGCAAACAGAGUUCAAUAUUCUCUCCGGUACUUCCAUGGCUUGUCCUCAUGUUUCGGGCCUCGCGGCAUUGCUAAAAGCUUCUCAUCCCCAGUGGAGCCCCGCGGCUAUUAGAUCCGCUUUAAUGACAACUGCAUAUACUUUGGAUAAUCAACGAAGAACAAUGCUCGAUGAAUCUACUGGAAAUUCAUCGACAGUGAUGGAUUUUGGAGCAGGACAUGUGCACCCACAAAAAGCAAUGGACCCGGGACUAAUCUACGAUUUAACAUCGUACGAUUACGUCGAUUUUCUCUGUAAUUCGAACUACACAACCAAGAACAUUCAAGUGAUUACGAGAAAGUACUCCGAUUGUAGCAAAGCUCGAAAAGCAGGACAUGUGGGGAACUUGAAUUAUCCAUCUUUAACUGCUGUGUUUCAGCAAUAUGGGAAGCAUAAAAUGUCUACACAUUUUAUUCGAACCGUGACGAAUGUGGGGGAUCCAAAUUCGGCCUAUAAAGUUGUCAUAAAGCCGCCGACUGGUACAUUGGUUACGGUGCAGCCGGAGAAUCUGGUGUUCAGGAGGGCGGGACAGAAGCUGAGCUUUCUAGUGAGAGUGGAAGUAGUAGCAGUUAAGCUAUCUCCAGGAAGCUCAAGCACGAAGAGUGGUUCUAUUGUUUGGUCUGAUGGAAAACAUGUUGUCACUAGUCCUUUAGUUGUGACAAUGCAACAACCUCUGUAAUUCUCAAUCUAGUUUUCCUUUUUCUUUUUUGGGUUUUAAGAGUUUUUAAUUAGAAUUAUUAUUAUUAUUUUUUAUUUUUAUAGUUAUAUAUAUAGUUGGUAAAGAGCUUGUUAAUUAAGGUGUUUUCUAUUUUAGAAAGCAUGGGCGGUGAUGGUUUGUUGUUGUAAGCUCAAGUGAGAGAAAAUCUUUGUUGAAGAGGAAUCAAGAAUGUCUGUAGAAAGGUUUGUGUGCAUGUUGAGAAGAUAUAGUAAGGAAUCUUGAAUAAUAUAUAUGUGUAUGUUUUGCCAAGUUCGAAUUUCUUAUAUUAAAAAAAAAAUGAAAAUUAAUGAGUGAA